UGAGUGUUAGGAAGUCGUCACUUUGCGCUGUACGGCUAUGCAGAAAUUCGCCGUUGUGCGCGUUAAUAGACUUGCAAUUCCGAUAUCUCCUGUAGUGGUACUGUUAUGGUACGGCGCUGGCUUACUACAGUAUAUACAGUACGGUGUUUGUGGCUAUUUUGCAAAACAAAAUAGGUGAACCGUCAUAUUUUCGUUAGGCUGCUGUCAUCCUCCUGAAUGAAUAGCACGGAAAUUUACUGUAUUCCGGUUUUAGGACAAUGCCUAUGAAAAGAACAUGCAGAUAGUUUUCAUCAGUGUGGUACAUAAUUACGGCAGAUUGAAUAAUGCGAGGGACUUCAGUAUCGCCCCCCGUAGCACAGAGAGCGGCACCUUCUGAGUAAACGCAGACCAGUGGACAGUGUGUGCUCGUCUUUCCUCUCAUUCCUUGGAAAGAGUACAAACUGGAGGGAUAUAACAGGUCGCAUCGCGUUAGCACCAUUCCAAAUCAGAGACGUUACGAGUAUUGAAAUGUGUAGGGUGAAAGGAGUUUACGACAGUACCCCCGGCGUAAAAGAUAAAAAAAGAAGGGUAACUUCAGCUGGCGUGGAUAACAAUUCAGGUUUUAUUUAAGGCUCUGCUUUCAUUUUCGGUGAGACCGUUCCACGACAAUUAAGCAAGACGCUUUUUAUAGAAAAUUACUUAAUGCAUGUACCCCCAGUUACAGAAAAUACCUUAAUACACCGAUGGUAUACAACACAAUACAGAACAGCGGAAAUACUUGAAGACGCUCUAACGGCGCUACUGUGUGCUGCUAGAUAGCUGCAUUAUAUAUACAUCGCCAGUGGCAAAUCACCCCGGCUGUUCCAGUGUGUUUUUACAGGCUACAGCUGUGAAUGUAGGAGUAUGCGUAAAAUUAUUCCAUUCACCCGCGCCAGUCAUCUGCCGUAGUACCGUAAUGACUGUCAUUAAAGGGAGGGAAUGACAGGCGAGUGGGGAUGGGGACACGGCGCUUGCCGCUUUGUUGCGCCGAGUACGAGCUUCUGACAGGCGCUGCUACAGACAAGUACAUCGGCGGAGCCGCUGCCUGCAUGACGCCCGCGGUGUGAGCCUGCCUUCUUCUGCGGCCGUCACGGGAGAGUGGAUUAUUUUAAACCCGUCCUCCAGUUCUCCGGUUCUUUCGCGAACCGAACAAGGAGGCAUUGCCUAAAAAAAAAAGAAGAAGAAGAAGAAGAAGAAGGUGCGAUUGGGUACUUCCUUUCACACGCCUGCGCUGCCUUACCGGGCACCGCUGAGCAGCGACACCCGCUUUUGGGGGCCGGACCCACCGUCAGCCUGCGUGGGGCAGGACUCUUCGUGAACGAAGAGGAGGUCAUCCCUGGACAAGCCAGGUCGCACCUGACAGUUGUGGGGGAAAUGUCCUUCUGCCUCGCGUCGCUGACGUUUCAGGGUGUUCUGCAGUUUCACGAUUCCAAUGUAGCAGAGCCCUGAACCCUAAUCCCCAUUGUUCAGCAUGAACCCAGCACUACCGUAGAGACACGCCUUCCAACAGUCUUGUGAAGUGACUCCUGCUAUCCUAGCCUUCAGAAGAGAGAGCAGCAAAAACCAGGAAGAUCUACGGCAUCCAAGGGAUCAGUGGCCCAGCCUGGGCCCUGUAUCCAAGCAAAUAGGGAAGAAUCCCAGAAGACAGUUCACCAGCUGCAGGAGUGCUGGCCUGGAGGCCUAUUAGGCUGACCAUGGGAAGAUCAGGGUGGUCAAGGAGGCUGUCAAGACAGUGUGACAGACCUGAGCUCCUGACUUGGGUGCUGCCUCUUGUUACUUUCUGAUAGUGUCUUUAAGAAGGGGCCUUCAUUCCAGACAUCUUUGCCAAAAAAAAAAAAAGAAAAACCCUGUUGGUUUUUUGUUUUAGGUGACACAAAAACAAGCACUUUUUUUUCUUACAAAAUAAACCCCUACUUUGCAUCCUCCUGUAUACUAAAUGUCCCUAUUUUCAGAGAGAAGGUGGCUCUCUGGCUUAUUCAAUGUGGCCCCCUGCCCUUAAACAGACAGAAGCAUUCCCAGUGUGUAUGUAAGGCCUCCUCCCCACCCUAUGGAGGCCAAACACAGUCAGCCGACUGGUGGGGAGCGGUCCGGAGGCCCGGAACAGUCUCUGACAGAGCCUCCUUUGGGGGGCAGGUUACCCCAGUCACCGUCCGUACAGCAUCAGAGGGUAUUCCCUUCCAGGUCCCAUCACACCUCCCAUGGUAGACACCAUCAUCGGCAACCAAAACGAAGCAGUCUGGAGCGCCAUUAUCACAGGCUACAGCAGCAACAGUCAUCCACUUUUCAGCUGGCUGGGAAAGCGGAGACUGAACCAUCAGCUGCAGGCCCUGUAAACAGGGCGGUGUGGCAGUUUACAGAGGCCCCGGGUCCUUCUGGGGGUAGUUACCCCUCGUCCUCCACGUCAUCCUCUUCUGCUUUACAUCCUCAGAUUGUCCCUCCCCAUUCCAGCAAGGAAGCCCAGGAAGGUGUCCCUAGACGGGAGCGCAAACCCCAGAAACCUGGGAAAUAUGUGUGCCAGUACUGUGGGCGGCCCUGUGCCAAGCCUAGUGUCCUCCAGAAACACAUCCGCUCCCAUACAGGAGAGAGGCCAUACCCCUGUGUUCCAUGUGGUUUCUCCUUUAAGACCAAGAGCAACCUUUAUAAGCACCGGAAAUCCCAUGCCCACAGGAUCAAAGCUGGGCUUGCAACAGGCAGAGAGGGCUAUGCUUUGAGUGGACCAGAGAGCGGGCAGCCAGGAGAGGAGCAAGAAGAGCCAACGGAAGGGGAAACCACAGACUCAGAGGAGGAAACAGGCCAGCACACGUCUUCCUCUUCCCUGGAUACAUACGGAAGGCUGCCAUCCCAGAAAAGCAGCAGCGUGGAACUGUCUGCAGCAGAGGAAGCCCAGCGCUCUGAAGAUUCACAGGCCAUCAAACAGAGACUAGCCAUGCGUUUGAGUGAGAGAAAGCGUGCACCCGUGGUCGUGUCAGACGAUCCCCCUUCCUUCUUGAGCCCUGGAAGUAAGGGCAGCACAGAAUCUGGCUAUUUCUCUCGCUCAGAGAGUGCCGAGCAGCAGCAAGUCAGUCCUCCCAAUGCCAAUGCCAAAAGCUACGCAGAAAUCAUCCUAGGCAAAUAUGGGCGAUUGGGGCAGCAGCAAAGGAUUACACCCCAACAGCAACAGCAGCAACCUUCGUCUUCCUCAGCCUCAGAGGAAAAGGGAGUUCCCUUCACUGUGCCCAAGACCCAAGUCAUUGAACACAUCACAAAAUUAAUCACUAUUAAUGAAGCCGUGGUGGACACCAGCGAAAUUGAUAGUGUCAAACCUAGAAGGACCUCUCUCUCAAGGAGGAGCAGUAUAGAGUCACCCAAAGUUUCAGCUCUGAAGGAACCUUUCUUAUUCGACACAAAGGCUGAACUCCCCAGCUCCGGCACGGGUGGGAGCAUGAGUGUAGGCUUUCCGGGAGAGACUCUCCAUCCCCAGUUCCCUGAUGUGGAUCUACUGGCAGGCCAGGCCUCCACAGUGCCUCUUCUAAGAAGCCACUCAAUGCCUUCCUCUGCGGGCCCCGGUGAAACUGCUGGUAGUUCCUCCCGCGGUAUCCGUCUCAGCCACUCUUUUGAUGAGCGACAGGCAGCGGCAGCAGAGGUGCGGGCCGGAGCUUUGCUGCCACCACACCAACGCCUGCUGAAACGCCAGCCUGCCAUUGAGAUGCCCUUAGGAACUGAGUUCAUUCCCGAGGAGGCUCCUUCUUCCUCGGCUUCUAGCGCCAUGGUAUCGGAUCCCAGCAGGAAACUCCGCCGGGGGCCCAGGCCUUAUGAGUGUGAGGCCUGUGGUACCCGCUACAAGAAGCGGGAAAGUUAUGAGACCCACCGUCGUACCUAUUGCCCUGCUCGAUUGCCACAAGAAACUGAAAGGGAAACAGGGACCAGUGCUUACCGGGUAGACCGUCCCCAGAUGAUGCACUACAAGUUUGGAGCCACAGCAGCAGCAGUGCGGAAGAGAAGGAAAGAAAAAAGCCUGGGGGAUGAAGAGGAGCCUCCUGUCUUUGAAUCUAGUCCAGCACCAGCAGCUACCUCCUUUCCUCCUUCUUCCACCUGUAUACCACGUAGGGAAGAAAGUCGACCAGCUGCUGAAACCGUGAGCAGGGAGGGUCCUCUUAGUACUUCGUCACAGACAGAACAGGACAGAAGAACCACAUGGAAGGAGAUCUCUGUGAUCCAGCACACCAGUUCUUUUGAAAAGCUGGACGUAUCUGUUGAGAGUCAGGAAAAUGAGGAAAAAAUUGUCAUUCCUCCUCCACGGGAGGAGCACCAGCAGCAAACACAGCAGCAGCCAUCAAAACCGCCCUCCUUUUCCAAACUGGUUCGUCAAUCCAACAUCCAAGUGCCAGAGAUCCUGGUUACAGAGGAACCAGACCCCGAUGUUGUGUUGGCAUCACCUCCAGCAGCAGCAACAACAAAGGAGCCAGAGAAGGUUGAAGAGUUUCAGUGGCCCCAGAGAAGUCAAAGCCUGGCUCAGCUCCCAGCUGAGAAGCUGCCACCAAAGAAGAAGCGCCUUCGCCUAGCUGAAGCUGCUCAGUCCUCAGGAGAGUCCAGCUUUGAGUCAAUCUCUCUGCCCCGUAGCCCUAGCCAAGAAAGCAGCUUGUCCCAUACUUCCAGCCGCUCAGCAUCCUUUGAGGAAUCAGGUAAGCCUGAUAUUGAGACGCAGCCAGCAUCUACCAGAACUUCCCAGGUGACACACAUGCUGACUGUACCAUCCGGGCAUCAUCAGCAUCACCAGCCUCACCGAGAGAUGCGCCGCUCAGCGUCAGAACAAGCGCCAACAAGUGCUCAGCACCCAGCCCAAAUUGCAGAAGUCCGAAGCAAAUCCUUUGACUAUGGUUGCCUUUCCCCCCAAUGCUCCUCUGCUGCAUGGAGAGAAAGGCGAAAAUGCCUCCUAGUUAGGCAGGCCACUCUGGGAGAACCUGAGCCUGAAGACCAACCACCUGGACGGCCGACAAAAGCCACACCACAGGUUUGUCUGUCCUAUCAUAGCCCAGCUGCUCCCCCCGUUGAACCAAGCACAGCCUCCUCACCUUCUGUACCAGAACCCAUGUCCAAGUCCUUGCAGCUUUUCCAGCCCCCACUACCUCUCUCCCGGGAUCUCCAGCCUAUUUUUCCCCUCCAUCCACCAGUCCCUGUUGGCAUCACACAGGGACAAAUUCCUCAGCUCUACCCCACAGCAGGUAUCUCUGAGGUUCUGUCAGCUCAGAUUGGCCCUCACUCUUUUCUGCAGACUGCCCCACAGCUCAGGCCGGGCCAACUCCACAUAGCUGAGCGUUUAGGUCUCCCGGUACAGCAGUACCCCCCACUCCUGCCACUCCAGUACCCAACAGGUGCCGCCCAGGCCCUCUACCUCCCAGUGCCAUCAGGAUUAGCCCUGCAGAUGCCCCCAGAGCCCUUUAGGGAAUCAAAGCCAUCCCCUUCCUCACAGGGCCCAGGUCCCCAGCAUCCUCGCCCAGUCAUUGCACCUAGCCUGGAGCAGCUAAGGCCAGUAGUGUCCUUAGUGGUGCCUGUCCGCAUCCAGACCCAUGUCCCUACUUAUGCCAGUGCCAUGUACACCACCCUCUCCCAGAUCCUUGUCACUAGGGCCCAGGAGUCUGCCCGCUCUGCCGUAGUGCUUUGCAAGCUAGAGGAAGAAAAGCUACAAAAUCCGUAUUUGAAGAUCCCCACCCCUGAUUUCAAAAGCUACUUGCCCAUGACAUUGCCACUAGAGUCGGUCGCUGGCAUGGGAUCUGAGGACGUGUUAGGGCCUUCCCCUGCUGGGGGAAACAAACGCAUGCUCUCCCCAGCCGGCAGUCUGGAGCUAAGUGCAGAGGCACAGCGGCAGCAGAAGCGAGUGAAGGAGGAAGAGGAGGAGGAGGAGGAAGGAGGAGGAAGGCAGGAGAAGGGUAGAGCUGGGGCUGCCAUGGAGCGGGAGCGUGAAGACAAGGAAAAAGCAGAGAAGACGGAGGAAACAAAAGAGGAACAAAAGGCGGCACUCGGAAAAGGAGAUCAAUUCAAGGAAGAAGAAGGAGAGGAAAGCCAAUUGAACAUCCCAAGAGUCCGGAGCCCUGACAGCCGGAAAGGUCCCUCAUUCCCCAGCCUCCACACCACGACAUCUGUCAGCUGGUGCUACCUAAACUACAUCAAGCCAAACCCUUCCACGCUGAGGGACCCCCAAACCUCUGUGUACUCGUCCUGGUGCAUCAGCGUGCACAAUCCCAACCUGCCCGGCCUGUCUACCAAGACAACUCUUUCCCUGCUGCGAUCCAAGCAGAAGCACAGCACCGAAACCUACACCAUGGCCACCACUCACCGCACAACUUCAGGCAAGCUGGUGCCUGCCAACUCCAGGAAACCCCGCAUGGCAGAGAUACACGCCGCACCUGUGAGCAGCUCGGCGGAGGUGAAGGAGACCGCAAAGCCGGAGAAAGAGGAAGAAAAGAGGAGCAAGAGGGAAGAGGAAGCUUCCACAUCGAAGCGCAGCGAGCCGUCCCGUAUCCGAAUCUUCGAGGGCGGCUACAAGUCCAAUGAGGAGUAUGUGUAUGUGCGGGGACGAGGCCGGGGGAAGUAUGUGUGUGAGGAGUGUGGAAUCCGCUGUAAGAAGCCCAGCAUGCUGAAGAAGCACAUCCGCACCCACACUGAUGUCAGGCCCUAUGUCUGCAAGUACUGCAACUUUGCCUUCAAAACCAAAGGGAAUCUCACUAAACACAUGAAGUCAAAGGCUCAUGGGAAGAAAUGCCAGGAAAUGGGUGUCUCUGGUUCCUCCCUUGAUGAACUAGAAGCUGAGGAAGGAGGAGGCAGUGAGGAGAGGGCAGGAGGUUCAGAGGACCAGGAGGAGCACCAGUUCUCCGACGUGGACGACUCCGAGGAUGAUGAUGAGAAUGAAGAGGAGGAAGAGGAGGAGGAGUCGUCCUCCCAUGAGGAUCCGCCUUCCUCCUGCUCCCCGGACACGAGACACUCCACCGGUGGUCGUUCUGACAGUGGACAGCAACCCCAACAUGAUGCCCCAGAGUCUGCUCUCCCUCCAGCCCAGGAGAAAGAGCCUGUGGCCAGACAGAAGGAAUACCCGUCACCCAGGAGGCACUGGCCUACCACUCGGGAGGCCUCCCCCGGCAGCAGGAGAGCCCUGUUCUCUCGCAGGCGCUGGGAGGCUUCUCCCCGAGCCUUCUCUCCCAGCAGCGAGGGUUCGCCACUGCGCUGCCUGUCCCCAGGCCAGGGCCUGUCCCCCGUGAGGCCAGUGUCCCCAGGCCGAGAGGUCUCCCCCUUGCGCUGCCUGUCUCCCAGGCUGGAGGUCUCUUCCCCAAGCCGCCACCUCUCUCCUUCCCCCGAGAGGGGCCCAUCGCCAAUCAGGCCCCGCUCCCCCAGCCGCUACCUGGCGCCCCGCGCCCUGCCCACACCUGCACCGACUGAGAUCCCCACUUCCUUCCAGAGGGCCCACAGCUCCACGCCAUUCCCUGCUGGACAGGCCCCUCGGGACACACCAAGCACAGAGGCCAGCCAGUCUAGACUGGAGAAGAUUUACUUUCCCCGGGAAGGGUUGAGCUCCCCGGAAUGCUACUCCUUCCCGCCGGCGCCGCGGCUCCUGCACUCGGCCUCGGACUUCCCCGGGCACGCGGCGGGCCGGCCGGGCGACCGCGUGUUCAGCCACCUGCCCCUGCACUCCCAGCAGCUGUCCAGGACGCCCUAUCUCAUGAUCCCCAUCGGGGGCAUCCAGAUGGUGCAGCCCAGGCCCAGCUCCCACGCCGGCCUGGCCCAGGGGGGGUCCCCCGGCCCCUCGACGGAGGCUCCCGCGCCGGGGGACCGCCGGACGCCGGAGGACGACAGGGUACGGGAAUCCGCAGCUGGGACCAGCCUUUCGGGGCUUUGCACAGGUAGGCAGGGCACCGGCAGUGCCGGCCAGGCACCCCAAGAAGACGUUUCACAAGCCGGAGGGGGCGAGCCCCCGGAUGCGGGCACAAAGCAAUAUGGCAGCUCACGCACUUACUCCCCGACUAGCACUUUGGCCGCCGCGGCGGCCGCACAGACAGCAGACAGAGGCCCCGGGGCAACGAGCCCUGGGGUGCCCCCGGCAAGCCAGCCGGCCAGCUCCACCCCCAGGACCCCCCAGCUCUCUGGGGAAGAAGGGCCCCCCGCGGGGCGGCACAGGAGGCGUGGCCCGGAGCUUGCCGGAGGAAGUACUGCCGGGUCAGCCCAGAACAAGGACGGCAAACCAGGAAGCACUUAA